UGUUUGAUCACAACGAAACUCUUAAUUGUUGUUUUUUUUAUGUUCUCAUAUUCCAUACCUACGUUCAUUCAGACUUGCGUAACACCGAAACUUCAACCUAUCCUCAAAUUCAAUUUUGUGAACAAGGAAUAGAGGCAGUCAGCUGUAUUUUGGUUACCUAAAUCUUGUUCUUCUAAAAAAAAUUAACAACUGACGGACAUUGAUUCUUCAAUUGUCCAAUUCUGCUACUUCUUUAAGGGAGUCGACGAAGCAAAAUAAUGAUUCUUGAACAAGAAGUUUUGAAUCUAAAUAACUUCAUUAGUACUCAAAAGACUCAUCCAGAUGACCUGUUUAAGCAACUAGUAUUAAUUAGAAAUGCUAUCAUUGGAAGACCCGACAGAAAAGACGCCCUUAAGGAUUCUAACCUAAUAAGUUUACUUAUGCAACUUUUGGAACACAAUGGAAAUACAAAGGACGAAAAAAGGGAGAUCUUUCAAAUAUUACGAUCCUUUUUUCGAUUAUCGUAUUUUGAUGUUAAACCACAAUGGUUACCAAUCAUUUUCGAUGCAUCCAUUAUUAUGUUAGACGAACUAAAAACGAGUGAUACGGAAAUCCAAUUGUCGUGUGGAUCUGUAACGUUCCAAUUGCUACAUGUAAUUCUUUCAGACAACAAACGGAAUCUUGAGCCGUACACAAAUCAAUUACAACAACUGGCUGAGCUGGUUUAUAGAAACUUUAUCCAAGAGAUGUCAGUGUUGCGGAUGUUUCCGUCUUUAUCAAAGACAAUAACGGACAGCGCCGAAUUACUGAUCACCUGCGUGGACAGAAGCGUUCCUUUUUCUGUGCCAUCAAAGGAGAUCGUCUCUGUCCUGUUACAAUACUUAAGCCCCAAUUCAAAAGAGUUUCCGGAAGUUUUGGAGCGGGCUUUCAGUACUGCGAAAACACUGCUGGUCCGACUGCUUCAGCUCCUUAACGUUAUCUUACAAAAGAUGCUUGAAAAUCAAACAUUGGUGAAGUCUAUCACUGAAUGUGACGUCUCAAGUGCUUCGAAAUGUGCUAAUCGUUUGCUAUCCUUCAUCGGCGAUUCGGAUGUUGAUAUUCGACUUCCAGCCGCUACGGCGCUUGCAAGACUAUACCUUCUUAACUAUUGUACACGUUCCGUCUAUCAAGCACGUAUUGAAAAAACUGUAAUCCCCACAUUGUCUAGAUUAUUGGAGAAAAGAAGCGAGAAUACGUUCCUCGCUUUACAGGUUUUGGAAUUGCUACUUUGCGACAACGAAGACUUACAAAAAGCUGCUGUGGGUGCCAACAUUUUUGAACGUUUUGGUAACUCACUGCUCCUGCGCUCUUCUAUUUUUGUUGACAUGCGUGAUUGCGACCUUCAUCAACCCUUGUCUUCUUUGCGCCCAAAAACGUCGUUAGCAAUCCGAGUUAGCAAGACGUGUUAUGAAAUCCUAGCAAUUCUAACGUCUACGAAAGACGAGUAUAGAAAACUGUUCUUAAGUAGCGGACUUAUGAAACCACUCAUUGAGGAUCUUUCAAGCAAAUACGUCAAUGUUCGAAUUGCUAGCUGUGAAGUGUUACGCAGUCUUAGUCGAAGUGUCUUUAUGCAACGGGUGACGUUUACGGAAAUGGAUAUAGUUACACCCUUACUCGAAAUGCUUCACGAUCCCUCUAUAACGGUUCGUUCCACGGCUACUUCAGUCGUCUGUAACAUAACCCUAGGGUUUUCCCCACUGAAAAGCAAAUUGCUUGAAACAAACGUCGUGGACUUUUUGUUCCUUAAUUUGAGAAGUGAGGAUGAAAUCUUACGAAUGAAAACGGUUUGGGCACUGCGUCAUAUCGUUUGUGACGAUAGUAUAGAAGUGAAAAGGUCUAUAUUACAUCGUUUGGAACCGCAUCUCUCGGAACUUGUAACUGAUCGUUCCAUUUAUGUACAGGAGCAGGUACUACAAUUCUUUCGUAACUUCUUAUGUCAAAAGGUUAAUAGCAUUGAUUUGCUUCUCGAAGUUAUUCCGAUGCCUGCAUUGUCGCAAAUAAUAACAGACAAGCUUUCUUUGCAUAUUCCUUCACUUUAUGCUCCAUGCCUGUUCACUUUGGUGCAUAUUGCCGCUGGAAACGAGGUCCACAAAAGCGCUCUAAUCUCGCAGCGUGAACUCAUUCGGACUGUGAAGAUCGUUGUUGAUGAGAUUAUUAACCAGUUACAACCUGACGAAAUCCUGCACGAUAAUGUGGGAUAUGUGCACGAAACGGCCAAGCAGAGCAAGCAAGCGGAUAAAACUGUAUACGCUGAUGUUGUUAUAAGUUUCUUAUGGUUAUGCAUAAACCUUCUGUGGGUAAAUAAUAAAGAUUCUACCUCAGAAUCUGUCGCAGCCCGCGCUAAUACUAUGCGUGAAGCUGGUUUUGUCGAGACUUUGAAAAAACUUCAGUAUCAUUCUUCUCCGGAUGUCUUAACUCGGGUUCAUGAUGCACUUACACGGAUGGACGAACAGAUCCCUCCUUGUGAUUAGUUUCUACUGUGCCCUCCUUAACUUUUUAUUUUAAAGUCUCCACACCUUUCCAUCAUUUAUGUCGUUCCCAUAUUGGCAGGCUUAACCUUUACUAAGGUGGACUAUAAAUGUGUAUAUUUACUUUUUUUUUAAUGCUUUUUAAUGAAUGUUUAAUUAAUGUAACUCGAAAAUCACAAAACAAGGAAUUUCUACUUAGUACCUUAUUAUGGUAAUAAAAAGUAUAUCCAAUUUACUUAACUACUCUAAGUAUAUUAUUAAUUUCCACAUACAACUUAAGCCUAUCGUUCAAUUGUUAAUAAUCC